ACGGCCGUUGCACUUAAAGGCAAGGAUGGAGUUGUAUUUGCCGUAGAAAAUAUUGUUCUCUCUAAGUUAUAUGAAGCAGGAUGCACUAAACGCAUUUAUAACGUCGAUACCCAUAUAGGAAUGGUAGUCGCAGGUCUUCAGUCUGACGCAAAGGCUCUCGUGGAGAUCGCACGUGAUGAGUGUUCGUCCUAUCGUGAAAAUUUCGGAAGUCCUAUCCCUUUGAAGGCUUAUGAGGGAUGUGCAAUCGGGAAGGCCAAACAGAAUGCGAAGACCGAGUUAGAGCAGUUAAAAUUGAAAGAUAUGACUAUCCAAGAACUGAUCAAAGAGGCAGCAAAAAUGUGA